AUGGAUUCACAAAAGGUUGGGUUGGAACUUGGCGAUGAUAGCCAAAUAGACCUAAAAAUUGACUUGUUUGGGGAUUAUUAUUUGACACCACUAAGUCUUAACGAUACUCAGGAUUUCUGUAAUGACUUUAACAACACAGAAAUCACUCAGUAUUUGCGAUCACCACGGACUAUCCCGUAUACAUUAGACGAUGCUAGAGAACAAAUAGAAAAAAUGAUUACUACAAAAGACGGGACUUUUCCAUUCUGCUGGGGGAUUAGAGAUGUACAGCGUCCUCACAGUCUUAUUGGCAAUAUUGUUAUUCACAUCUCCAGUAUGGUUGGUGAAAUGAAAUACGUGCCUAACCCUGAGCUUCGUGAAGUUUUCGCCAGCUUUGGAUUCUAUUUGAAUCCAAAAUACCAAUCCAAGGGAAUUAUGACUGCUUGUCUCAAGGCAGUCAUCCAAAAAAUCGGCGUCGAGAGAUACGGCAUCAAGCAUUAUUACGGGGAGUGUUUUGCUGGUAAUAUAGGAAGCCGGAAAACUUUUGAAAAGUGUGGCUUCAAGUACAUUAGAACAAUCAAAGACGGAGUCGUCAAAUACAAUCCCCGCCAGGUAAAAGAUUCGGAAGUAUUCGAACUAGUUUUGACUGGGGAAAAUUCCUUGCUUGUAUUAUGA